GUACCCUGUAGAUCCAGUUUCCACUUCCGACCCCCACAAACACCAUUUUACUCAUUUUCUCAGACAGAAGCGGAUCAAAUAUAAUCCCUGUGGGUUUUGUUUGUUCAAAUUUCUCGCCUCUCCUCUCUUGAUAAAAUAUAUAAAAAAAAGUUAUAAAAAAAAAAAAAAAUGAAUCUCCGGAAUUGUUAUUCUACGAAGAAAACGGCAACUCCAUCCUCUCAACUCAUGCGAUGCAACAAGAGAUGAAGUUCGAUUCUCACUUUUUGUGCUAAAGGGAGCAGCAGCCCUUACUAGGAGCCCUUAUAGUUUAUAGGCAAAGGAGACGCUUGCCAAAAAGAAUGAUGAAUAGUAAGGGCGGCGAGUGCAACUUGGUGGACAGAAUUAGCAAGUUGCCAGAAGAAAUUCUCGUUACUAUUGUGUCUCUCUUGCCACUAAAAGAAGCAGGAGCUACCAGUAUUCUUUCCAAGCGAUGGCAAUAUGUGUGGGCGUCUACCGUGACUCUCGAUUUUGAUCCUAAACAUGAGCUGGGUGAACAUUAUUGCCGCCUGCUGCGUGUAGAACCAGAACAAAAAGACCUGCUAAGACAGAGAUAUGUCGAUUGGGUAAACACUGUGGUGGAACAACAUAGAGGCCCUGUUAUCGAACAAUUCCGGGCUUACUUUGAUAUAGAUGGUCAUUUUACAAGUUCCAUUGAUAAGUGGAUUCAGUUUGCAAUGAAUAAGAGAGUUCAAAUACUUGAGCUGGUGUUUUGCAAUGAAUUGAGAUCUAACUAUAAAGAUGUCUAUCCCUUUCCCGUCCAACUUUUAGGUCUCCAAAAUGAUUCUACCUUGAAGCUCAAUCCCACCCAUUCUGACAUUUCAAGUCUACAUUCCUCUAGAUACAAUGUUGGAUUUAAGUUCCUCAGAGUUCUUUAUUUCAAUUAUGUUGACGUGUCUGGAAAAGUUCUUGAAUACUUACUGUCAAAUUGUCCAGUUCUUGAAAGAUUAAAAGUGGACAGUGCUAACAAUAAGUUGGUUAAUUUAAGAGUAGUUGGUUCGUCGAUGGCAUUGAAAUAUUUAGAUAUUCAAUUUUGUUUUGCCCUCAGAAGCAUUGAGAUUCGUGAUGCAAACCUUGUUUCAUUCAUGUAUGUGGGAGGACGUCAUAUAAACUUGCUUCUCAGUAACGUACCUUUACUUGUAGAGGUAUGCGUUAAUGAGCGUAUUAAACCUUUCUUGUUUGAGGGUCGUAUCUACUAUCGAUCCAUACAGCUUCCCUUCACCCAACUGUCAUGCUGUCUUUCUCAGCUAGAGGUCCUCAUGCUACCCAUCGAUGGAGCGGUUAGUAUAUGCAAUUAUAAUUUGCUGGUUUUCUUUUCUUCUGUUUUCGUUAUGUAGUUUACUUAAUUUUUUUCCAUUCUAUGUUUCUGAUAAAUAGAGUCAAAAGUCGCUCUGAAUAAGCAGUAGCUUGUGUUAUACCAUAGAUUGAGCCUCAAUAUUUGAGCCUCAUUACUUAGCCCAUAAAUUACGUAAGAGGGGAGAAAAACCCCAUAGAUUGAGCCUCAAUAUUUGAGGCUCAUUACUUAGCCCAUAAAGUACGUAAGAGGGGAGAAAAACCCAACCCUUAGCAACAAGUAAUAUGGCAAACCCUAACCUCUCUAGCAACAAGUCUCUGUGUACAAAUGCUCCCCCCAUCCUAACCUCAAGGUGGUGGAAGUACUAGGGUAUCGUGCUCAUCCACGUGUUGGUGAACAUGUCAUGCACCUUAUAAAGAACGUUGCUGCACUGGAGAAAAUAAUUAUCGAUCCUGUCCGGCGUUGGGUGUAUCCUAUUGGAUCACAUUCUAACGAAAGGGUUAGGGGAGUUCAAGAGGUCAAAGAGGAAGUGCAAGGAAGAGCUCAUGCUAUGCAGCACCUAAAAGAAAUUGUGCCUUCAACUAUUGAAUUCGUAUGCCUCUAGUAUCAGCAAGUGCAGUGCUGAAAUUAUACAGACAUUGUAUUCGGUUGGAAUUCUCAAAGACUAGCUAGGCUCAGAUUAAUGGUGGUUAAGUGUGGUGUGAGCAAACAAACUUGAACCAAGACUUGGUUUGCCAUUCUUUGCUUAUAUUUAUUAAUCUUUUUCCAUUCUAUGUUUCUGAUAAAUAAAGUCAAAAGUCGCUCUGAAUAAGCAGUAGCUUGUGUUA